GGCACACUCCCAAACCUCCCCACAAGCUGUCUCCACAUGAGAUAUUGUUUGGGUCAGGACCUCGGAUGGGGCUGUACUUCCCACAACAAUUGCAAAUGCAUUAUGAAUCUAUUGCAAAGUAUGUGAUAGCUUUGAGCAAACAGUUGUCUAACAUCCAUGCACAAGUCUCUUCUUCCAUUCCAGAUCCUGACUCACUAGAAGGCAGCCACACUCUGAAACCAGGAGAGUGGGUAGUGGUCAAGAAACAGGUCAGAAGUACCCUAGAACCACGCUUCGAGGGGCCCUAGCAAGUACUACUGACCACUCCGACUUCUGUAAAGCUCGAAGGAAGAUCCACCUGGAUCCACGCCUCCCACUGCAAAAGGAUAAGGAACCCGCCAGAUCCAGAGCUAAUAAAAUGAUUUCCUUCUGUCUGUUAGCACUAUUAACACUCACUAGUGCAUACACACCUCCCCCAGGAAAGGAUGACGGGUGGGACAAUAAGUUUGUCAAACAUCAUCAGGUGUUGUAUGAAAGCUUCCCUAAUGGUGGUAGCAUGGGAUGGGUCCCCAUGGCUAAUGAUAAACAGAACCGGACCCUCAGCUGAAUAUAGCAAUAUGCUCUGGAAUGACAAUAUGUGGAGCAAUGUAUCCUGCUUUCCAAAUUGGACCCACUGUCACUAUCUACAGGUACAGACCCAAGGUAUGGUCUUUAGUUCCCAUAACAAAUCAGGCUGUAAUGAUUCCAACCCGGACAGUCCAGUACAGUGCAUUGGCAUAUAUGCUGGAGCAAGAGGUUAUCUAGCCUGCGCCCGCCGCAGUAUAGGUGACCUGGUAACAGGGAUAACUAGUAACACCACAGAGGGUCAAAAAGAAGGUCAAAAACUAGCAGAAGGUGUCGUAUUAGCCUACUUAAUCACUCGUUUGUUCAAUAGUACAGUGGUCUCUGUUCCAGAAAACAAAUACAUAGUAUGUGGACACAGGGAAUAUAAAUGGCUUCCUCCGGAUUUCAAUGGUUUGUGUACAAUUGCUAGGCUCACGCCAGCCACAUUUAUACUGCCCUAUGAAAACCUGAAUGUCAAUGUUAUCCCCAAGCACACCUUAUAUAAAAGAGCUGCAGACAACAUUCCUAGACCAAAUGGAAAACCCCAUCUUGUGGAAAUGAGUGAUGCCAACAAAUUCUUUAGUACCCUGUUUAUCUAUCCUAUGAUUAUGCAAACGUAUGACAAACUAGUAAUGGCUACUGACUAUUUAGAUGAUCAGAUUUGGGAGAUAAUGAAACUGCUGAACACAUCUGAUAUUGUCCAGAAUCAGCUUAUCAUAGUAACCAAGACUAUUUGACUGCGAAGGAUGGAGGUAUGUGCCAGAUAGUAGGCACUGCAUGCUGCCAUUAUAUCGAUCCACAAGGUAAUCUACAAGUGAAAGCAGGUUUGGAAAAGAUGAGUGAGAUACGUGAUAAAUGGUUAGAGGCUCAUAGAGCAGAUAAAUCAACAUGGUGGUCUGACACUUUCUCAUUCCUUAAUCCCAGUAACUGGUUCAAGGGAAUUGGUGGAUGGCUGAUGGUAAUAAUUCAGGGGAUAUUACAGAUAGCCCUAAUAUUACUGAUAAUCUACAUACUGAUCAAAGUUGUUGUUUCUUGCAUUAACCGCAUCACC